AUGCCCAAUCUCCCCCGAGCAGCCCGAUGGCUCCUCCGACCAUACUCAACACCGAUCACCCGAAUCCCGUUCUCACCUAGGGGCCCAGUCGCCCAGCUGCACCAACAGGGACCGACCCGGUCAGCGGUCGUGCAUGAGCAAGCACUCCCUCAAAACCAAACCCAUCCCGGGCCCGGGGAAGGAGCGCCAUUCCUCUCGAACCAUACCCAAAAAGACAGCACAGCGCCCGCAUCCCAAAACGAACCCGCAAACCUCGAAACCCUCGUCUCGCACAUCCCGCUCGUCCAGUCCCUCCGCAACAGCCACUGCCAAUACAAAGAAACACGGCCGCAUCUGGCCAUCGCACCCGCAAUGCGCCAGCACCACUUCGUGGGCGGCAGUCUAGCGGGGAGUGGCAAGCUGGCGUUCGCGCCGUAUAUGUGGACAUCCUCGAAGCAGGCCAAGCCUGAGACCGAGACCGACAAGAACAACAACAAGAACAGUAACAAGUCCAGCGCGCGAGCUAGCAGCGUAGUCUCCAUCUUCCACAUCGGCCGCGAUCUCUGCGGCCACCCGGGGUUCGUGCACGGCGGACUUUUGUCUGUGCUCUUUGACGAGGUCUUUGCUCGGUGCGUGUCGGCUGCGUUCCCGAGCGGGCUGGGCAUGACGGCAAAUCUCAAUGUGGAUUUCCGGAAGCCUGCACUACCGGACCGCGUGUAUGUGCUGCGCGCGGAGACGGUGCGCGUCGAGGGGAGGAAGGCUUGGGUUGAGGGCCGCAUGACUAGUCUUCCGUUGCCGUUGUCGAUGCCACUGGAUGCGCGUCGGAUUGCUUCUGAGGAUGCGACGGCGCUGUUGCACGAGGAUAGUGAGCAGGCAACGAUGGUGGCUGAGGCUAAGGCGUUGUUUGUGGAGCCGAAAUUUGCGAGUUCCAUGGAGUCUAUAUAUCGGAACUAG